AUGGCUCUCCAGAUGAAUCUGCCGCAGAUGCGAUCGAUCUGGAUCGACGAAGACCAAGAAGCAGAGAAAUUGUAUGGGCUACAAGUUCAACAUUUGAUGGACUCGGACGGCGAGGACCAGGUUGACAUGAUGCUCAUCAAUAGCGAUAGACCCGUUCUGAACAAUAAAGAACGCAUCGAGUUGCCACCUUUGAUGCCCGCAGCAUACAAGCCCAGCCGCGCAAGGAAACCUUUGCAAGGAGUCUCUGAGUCCGCAACUAGCAACUCGUCCAAGGCCAAAAAAACCACGGGAAGACUUUUGAGGUUUUUCAAGGGCAGAGAGCCCCGCUCGGGCACACCAAAUACCAAAAUCUCUGUUCCUUUCAAUUUCCAGCACAUUUCUCAUGCUGAUCUCAAGAAUGUAUUCGAGGGCGACGAGCUGCCCUACGAAGCUCCCAUUUCCCCAAUUGCUCUCAACAAGGCCUUUGUCACUGAAAGUUCAGAGCCGCUUCCAUCCGCACUAGGUGGAAAAAAAUCUUACAGCUCAAAACCCUCCUCGCUACGCAGGGCAUCAUCCAAUUCUUCUUCGCAGUAUUCCAACACAACUGCAAGAAUAGUCUCUACGUCAACUAUGGCUACUUCACUUAACGACGAUUCGUACAGGUCUUUAAAGAAACUCAAUCAGCUGGAGAAGGUUCAUUUGAGGCACAAAUAUAACAAAUCUGACGCAAGCAGCGUUUCCGUGGAAUUUUUGAAGAACUACAGCUUCCCCACCGUUCUGGAAGACGUGUCCCUGGUCGAGAUUAAAACCCCAGAGAUGGCCAAUGAUCAGUAUGAUAAGUUUACGUGGGAGUCGCCUGAGGAUAGUGGUGCUUUGUUGGAGACUAUGCUUCAAACCAAGUCCCCCAUGCCAAGCGGAGCUGGGCACCCAAGAAGAAAAUCUGAUUCUCAGCUUUUGGUCUCGCCGGUGUGCGAGCAAAACGGCUCGUUCCUGGAUACCCCCAAGACAAGGAGGUCAGUGGACGAUGUUCUGCUCUGUUAUCAUCAGCCUAGCGAGACAAGCUCUCAAAGAUAUUGCCCCACCGAAUUCUCGUUCAGUCCUGGUUCCGGUCGGGCCAAUGUUCGCGCAUCGUGGGACGAAAAAAGUGGGACCUUCGUCGCGUAG